AGAGCCGCAGUUCUCCCGUGAGAGGGCCUUUGCGGUGAGCCAAACACAUUAGCUCAGCAGCGGAAGACUCCGAGUUCUCGGUACUCUUCAGGGAUGAGUCAUGUGGCGGUGGAAAAUGCGCUCGGGCUGGACCAGCAGUUUGCUGGCCUAGACCUGAACUCUUCUGAUAAUCAGAGUGGAGGAAGUACCGCCAGCAAAGGGCGCUAUAUUCCUCCUCACUUAAGGAACAGAGAAGCUACUAAAGGAUUCUAUGAUAAAGACAGUUCAGGGUGGAGUUCUAGUAAAGAUAAGGAUGCAUACAGCAGUUUUGGUUGCCGUAGUGAUUCAAGAGGGAAGUCUAGUUUCUUCAGUGAUCGUGGAAGUGGAUCAAGGGGAAGGUUUGAUGAUCGUGGACGAGGUGACUAUGACAGCAUUGGCAGCCGUGGUGAAAGAGGUGGCUUUGGAAAAUACGAACGUGGUGGAAAUAGUCGCUGGUGUGACAAAUCAGAUGAAGAUGAUUGGUCAAAACCACUCCCGCCAAGUGAACGCUUGGAACAAGAGCUUUUUUCUGGAGGCAACACCGGGAUUAACUUUGAAAAAUACGAUGACAUUCCAGUUGAGGCAACAGGCAACAACUGUCCUCCACACAUUGAAAGUUUCAGUGAUGUUGAGAUGGGAGAAAUUAUUAUGGGAAACAUUGAGCUUACUCGCUACACUCGUCCAACUCCAGUGCAAAAGCAUGCUAUCCCUAUUAUCAAAGACAAGAGAGACUUGAUGGCUUGUGCCCAAACAGGGUCUGGAAAAACUGCAGCAUUUCUCUUGCCCAUCUUGAGUCAGAUUUAUUCUGAUGGUCCAGGCGAGGCUUUGAGGGCCAUGAAGGAAAAUGGAAGGUAUGGGCGCCGCAAACAAUACCCAAUCUCCUUGGUGUUAGCACCAACUAGAGAAUUGGCUGUACAGAUCUAUGAGGAAGCCAGGAAAUUUUCAUACCGAUCUAGAGUUCGUCCUUGCGUGGUUUAUGGUGGUGCUGAUAUUGGUCAGCAAAUUCGAGACUUAGAACGUGGAUGUCACUUGUUAGUAGCGACUCCAGGACGUCUAGUGGAUAUGAUGGAAAGAGGGAAGAUUGGAUUAGACUUCUGCAAAUACUUGGUGUUAGAUGAAGCUGAUCGGAUGUUGGAUAUGGGGUUUGAGCCUCAAAUACGUAGAAUCGUUGAACAAGAUACUAUGCCACCAAAGGGAGUUCGCCACACUAUGAUGUUUAGUGCUACUUUCCCGAAGGAAAUACAGAUGCUUGCUCGUGAUUUCUUGGAUGAGUAUAUCUUUCUGGCCGUAGGAAGAGUUGGCUCUACCUCUGAGAACAUCACACAGAAAGUAGUCUGGGUGGAAGAGUCAGACAAACGGUCAUUUCUGCUUGACCUUCUAAAUGCAACAGGCAAAGAUUCACUGACCUUAGUGUUUGUGGAGACCAAAAAGGGUGCAGAUUCUCUAGAGGAUUUCUUGUACCAUGAAGGGUAUGCCUGUACGAGUAUCCAUGGAGACCGAUCUCAGAGAGAUAGAGAAGAGGCUCUUCACCAGUUCCGCUCAGGAAAAAGCCCGAUUCUAGUGGCUACAGCAGUAGCAGCAAGAGGACUGGACAUUUCAAAUGUGAAACAUGUUAUCAAUUUUGAUUUGCCCAGUGAUAUUGAAGAAUAUGUACAUCGCAUUGGCCGUACAGGACGUGUAGGAAACCUUGGCCUUGCCACCUCAUUCUUUAAUGAGAGGAAUGUAAAUAUUACCAAGGAUUUGUUGGAUCUUCUUGUUGAAGCUAAACAAGAAGUGCCAUCUUGGUUAGAAAACAUGGCUUAUGAACAUCACUACAAGGGUAGCAGUCGUGGACGAUCCAAAAGUAGUAGAUUCAGUGGAGGAUUUGGUGCCAGAGACUAUCGACAAAGUAGUGGUGCCAGCAGUUCCAGCUUCAGCAGCAGCCGCGCCAGCAGCAGCCGCAGUGGUGGAGGCGGCCAUGGCAGCAGCAGAGGGUUUGGUGGAGGUGGCUAUGGAGGCUUUUACAACAGUGAUGGAUAUGGAGGAAAUUAUAACUCCCAGGGGGUUGACUGGUGGGGUAACUGAACCUGCUUUGCAGUAGGUCACCCUGCCAAACAAGCUAAUAUGGAAACCACAUGUAACUUAGCCAGACUAUACCUUGUGUAGCUUCAAGAACUCGCAGUACAUUACCAGCUGUGAUUCUCCACUGAAAUUUUUUUUUUAAGGGAGCUCAAGGUCACAGGAAGAGUUGAAAGGAACAAUCAGCAGCCCUGUUCAGAAGGUGGUUUGAAGACUUCAUUGCUGUAGUUUGGAUUAACUCCCCUCCCAACCCCCAUCCCAAACUGCAUUUAUAAUUUUGUGACUGAGGAUCAUUUGUUUGUUAAUGUACUGUGCCUUUAACUUUAGACAACUUUUUAUUUUGAUGUCCUGUUGGCUCAGUAAUGCUCAAGAUACCAAUUGUUUUGACAAAAUAAAUUUACUGAACUUGG